CCAACCAGCAUCUGACACAGUAGCAAUGUCGACCUCCGGAGAGACAGCCUUUGAUUAUGGCUUCUUGCGACACAUAAAAGAGGAGGCUGCGUUGGCAGGGGCCCUGAAUGAGUACCUGGCCACGCGCAGCUACCUGGCGGGGUUCAGCCCUUCCCAGGCCGACCAGAAAGCCUUCGGGCUCCUCCGCAGCCCCCCGGCCCCGCAGCAUGUCCACGCUCUGCGCUGGUACAGACACAUAGCGGCCCUGCAGCAGGACCUCAGCCCAAACAGCAGCAUGAAGGGAAAGAGGGUUCAGCCCCCCUGGUCCCCGCCGGCAGGAACCAACGUUCCCCAGCUGCGAGUCUACAACAGCCUGACCCGGACCAAGGAGCCGUUUGUUCCGCAGAGUGGGAAUAAAGUGCUGUGGUACUGCUGCGGGCCGACGGUGUACGACGCCUCGCACAUGGGACACGCCAGGUCGUACAUAUCCUUUGAUAUCCUUCGAAGGAUACUGCAGGACUACUUCAAGUACGACGUCCUGUACUGCAUGAACAUCACAGACAUCGAUGAUAAAAUCAUAAAGAGGGCCAGGCAGAACUAUCUCCUGGACCAGUACAAGGAAAAGCAGCCGUCCGCCGCCCAGAUCCUGCAGGACGUCCUGACGGCCAGAGGGCCUUUCCAGGCCUCGUUGGCGGGGGCGACAGACCCCGAUAAGAAGCAGAUGAUGGAGCGUCUGGACGCCGCGGUGACGGCUGCCCUGGCGCCGCUGCAGACGGCGCUGGAGAGCGGAGCAGCCGCCGACGUCGUGCAGUCAAGAGCCCAGGUGCUGCUGGAGCAGGCCAAAGACCUGCUUGCUGAUUGGUUGGACAAGCAGUUUGGAAGCCAAGUCACAGAAAACUCCAUCUUCUCCAUUCUGCCUAACUACUGGGAGGGAGAAUACCACAAAGACAUGGAGGCCCUGAAUGUUCUUCCGGCCGAUGUUCUCACUCGGGUCAGCGAGUACGUGCCAGAGAUCGUGGAGUUUGUGAAGAAAAUCGUCGCCAAUGGCUACGGGUAUGAAUCAAACGGUUCUGUGUACUUUGACACUUCGAAGUUUGAUUCCAGUCCGGAGCACUCGUACGCCAAGCUGGUUCCUGAAGCGGUCGGUGACCAGAAGGCUCUGCAGGAGGGAGAAGGGGACCUGAGCAUCUCUGCAGACAGACUGAGUGAGAAAAAGUCCCAGAAUGACUUUGCCUUGUGGAAAGCCUCCAAGCCUGGAGAGCCGUCAUGGGACUCUCCAUGGGGGAAGGGAAGGCCGGGUUGGCAUAUUGAAUGCUCGGCCAUGGCUGGCUCCAUCCUGGGAGAGUCCAUGGACAUCCACGGAGGAGGAUUUGAUCUCCGCUUCCCCCAUCACGACAACGAGCUGGCUCAGUCUGAGGCCUUCUUCGAGAACGAUCACUGGGUGCGUUACUUCCUGCACACCGGACACCUGACCAUCGCAGGCUGCAAGAUGUCCAAGUCUCUGAAGAACUUCAUCACCAUAAAGGAGGCCUUGGCCAAGAACUCAGCUCGUCAGCUCCGUCUGGCUUUCCUGAUGCAUUCCUGGAAAGACACACUGGACUACUCUGCCAACACCAUGGAGUCCGCCGUGCAGUACGAGAAGUUCAUGAAUGAGUUCUUCCUGACUGUCAAAGACAUUCUGCGCUUUCCUACCGACAUCACCGGUCAGUUUGAGAAGUGGGAGGCAGAAGAGAUGGACCUUAACAACAUUUUCUACGAGAAGAAAUCUGCCAUCCACGAGGCUCUGUGCGACAACAUGGACACUCGCACCGUCAUGGAGGAGAUGAGGUCGCUGGUCAGCCAGGCCAACAGCUACAUCGCCAGCAAGAAGAGCGCCAAGCUGAAGCCCAACCGCAUGCUGAUGGAGAGCAUGGCCACCUACCUCACCAAGAUGCUGAAGACUUUCGGUGCCAUUGAAGGAUCAGAGCCCAUCGGCUUCCCAAUGGGAGGAAAAGGUCAAGACGUGGAUCUGGAGAGCACCGUGAUGCCGUACCUGACGGUGCUGUCCGACUUCAGGGAGAGCGUCCGAAAAAUCGCCAGAGAGCAGAAAGUGAUGGAGCUGCUGCAGCUGUGCGACGUCAUCCGUGAUGAUACUUUACCUGAGCUGGGAGUCCGGUUGGAGGAUCAUGAAGGUCUGCCUACAGUUGUGAAACUAGUGGAUAAGGAAACCCUCCUGAGGGAGAGAGAUGAGAAGAAGACCAUGGAAGAGGAGAAGAAAAAGAAGAAGGAAGAAGCUGCUAAAAAGAAACAGGAGCAGGAGAUGGCGAAGCUUGCAAAGAUGAAGAUCCCUCCAUCGGAAAUGUUUCUCAGCGAAACUGACAAGUAUUCCAAGUUCGACGAGACGGGUUUCCCCACUCACGACGCGGAGGGGAAGGAGAUCAGCAAGGGCCAAAUCAAGAAGCUGCGCAAGCUGUACGAGACCCAGGAGAAGCUGCACGAGGAGUUCCUGCAGAUGAGCCUGAACGGCAGCUGAGUCUGUCCUCCGUGUCCGAGCCAGCCGCCCUGCACAAAGAAAUACCAAGGCCACGGAUGCCGGGGCGUCUUUUGUCUGCUGUGCAUCUGCUCUGAUCACAAAACCCGGGAGAGACACACACACACAUACACACACACACACACACACACACACACACACACACGAGUUGCAGAUGAUAUUCCCUCAAUAUCAGUGGGUAUAUCACAAAAAAAGGAUUUAACAUACUUAUCUUCUGAAAAUGAGAGACGUUUGUCUUUGCUGGAGACAUCCUCAGUUUUUUGUCAUCAACCAACAACCCAAACUGUUUUGUGUCUCCUCCUCCGCCUCUGACAAACAAGAAAACAUAGGAAGUGAGAGGUCUUUAGUUACUGUCAGCACUCUACUAGCAGUGUCGUCGAACGUUUUCCACAUCUCGUCACAGUGACUGAAUCCCACGGCACAUAGGAAGUUUCUACAGGCGUCUGUUUUACAUCGGCACUGCCAGUCAGAAGAUCCGGUCAGACACAUUACACUGUAAAAUGAUCAGCUUUAGUACUUGGUGCAAGUCAAGUCAUCAUUUAUAUCAUUUAAAUCAAGCUUCGUCUGCUUCAUAAUUAAGUGUGCAAUGUACUGAGAAGCCAGCUGAAUAUGAUUCAUUACAAUUAAUCUCAUAAUCUUUCUCGGCAUUACAUCACCCUGGGCCUAGCUUUGCAGCUCGUGCUUCGCUGCAUCACCGAGCUGAGAAUCUGAUGUUAAAACUUGAAGCUGAAAUCCAGAAUUUUUAGAGAGAUAUUUGACUUGGUUCAGACCACAGCAGAGAAAGCAACAUGUGUCAGUCAGGUUGACCCCCCCCCCCCUCCCAAAAAAAAAAAUCUCAUGUGCCUUUUCCACCAAAAAAAAAAAAACAACAGUCUGGUUGUGAACCAAAUUUUGAACGGUUCUUUGCAUUUCCACCACGAUUGAUUCCUAAGAAUUCCCUCACACUGGCGCACAAAGCAACCCGGUCCGGCUCAGAUUAUGUGGGUUAUUUAUUCCAGCAGGUGUGACGGGUCAGGCUCUGAGCUGCAGGUGACGGCAGUAUUAGACUGUUAAAUUUUGUUUUGCACGUCCACCAUCGACAAUAAAACGGUUCCACUCCACAAACUGGUGGAAGUGCUUGCCGGUUCCUACGUUUGCACCUUUGUUUCAAGGAUCUUGAACCGAACCGAAUGUUUUUUUUUUUUGUUUUUUGUUUUUUUUUUUGGUGGAAAAGAGCACAUCAGUGUCAGCUCUUUGGCUCAGGUUUCCUCCACCGCCGAACACGAACAAAAACAGGCUCUCGGCUCUCGGCUCUAACCCGAGUCGGGUCGUCAGACGUCCUGAGACGAGCUGCCACGGAUCUUCUCUGUUCCAUUCCAGUGACGUUUACCAGCUUCCCGUGUAACAUUGUGUUGUAUGUUUACUGCUGUUGUCUGUACAUGUGCACCAAUCAAGUACGUCUAAUCAGCUCCAAGUGUAUUCUUCUCCUGGUUUCAGCUGCAGCUUCUUUAAUUUUUCUUAAUAAAAUCCAUAAGGAAGAGCUUGUUUUCUCAUGAGGAAAUCAGACUCAUUUAACUCUUGCUGAGCGUGUUUCUUGCUCCACAGUUUGAGUGAGAUGAUAGGAAGAUGUGUGAUUUUUUUUUCUUCUCUUUUUUCAUUAACAACAUAUUAUUCAGCCGUCCAUUAGGGUUGCAUCAUUGAUUCUGUGUUGUAAUGCGUCAUCUCUCCGUGUUAAGUUGCUUGGUCGCAGCAGCUGAGGGGGUUAAAGGCCUGUAGGGAGGCUGUUGUCUGAAUCCCCCUGCUGGCCUGACAGUGUCAUUACAGCACAGGCUUAUCUUUGGUAUUGCAUUAUUUUCCUGUAUAAUCAGCAUCAUCAUUAAUCACAUUAAAUAUGCACAAACUGGGACCAGACAUUUAUUAAUGAAUGCAGCUAUAUAGAGGUUCUGUAGCAGGCUCACUUCUAAGAUAAUAUUGUCAUACUAUGAAAUUUUGCAAAUUGUGAAAAUGGCCAGUGUUCCCCGGGGAAACUGAGCCCGGUCGCUGGACCUGAAUAUUGGAGCUGGAUUUACAGGCUCCAGAAUGUUUAAAUCUGUUUCAGGAGGGGGGAAAAUUAAAUUACAGAGCCGGGAGAGGGAGUAGUAAUCCCAGAAAAAAAAAAAAAAAAAAAA